CAAGCUCUUCAUCCUACCGCCCACCAGCCACCACCCUCCCCAACCUCCACGCGAUGGCCGACGACUACACUUCCACUAUUACAGGCUCCUUGCGGUCGCUCAAAGCUGUCGCAUUCAAAUUAGCCGAUAAGAUUGACGAGACAACCGAUCAUCUCGCUGGUAACAUUCGCGAAUCGCUCUCUACCUCAGCCUGGCUUCCUUCAUCCGCCCGUCCAACCCCUCCUCCGCCUCCCCCGCCCACACGCGUCCCGACCGCCGGCUUCUCCUCGCGCCUCUUCAACUGGGCAUGGGAAAACCGGCUAGCGGUCGGCCUCGUGACGGCCACCUCUCUCGGUCUCGGCAGUUAUAUCGUCACACAGCGACGGGCGGCACGGUCCAAGAAACGCCGCGCGAAGCGAGCCUCCAAUGGCGCUCGUCAGGAGGUUUUGGUACUGGCUGGUAGUCCACACGAUGCCAUCCUAAAGUCCCUGGCCUUGGACUUGGAGCGCCGCGGUUUUAUCGUAUUUGUCGUUGUCAACUCAAUGGACGAUGAGCAGCUAGUUAUCAGCUUGGGAGGCCGUGAUAUCCGACCGCUCAACAUCGAUCUUCUAGACACCGCGGGUGCCGAAGCCUCGAUUGCGCGCUUAGAGGCGUACGUCAGUUUUCCCGUAUCCGCGUUCCAAGGGGCGCACCCGCACCAUCUACACUUCGCCGGCAUGAUCCUACUACCGGAUUCCUACUUUCCCACUGGACCAGUCGAAAUGAUUUCUGCCGACGUCUGGUCGGACGUGCUGAACCUCCGUUUGCUCUCUCCUUUCAUCACGGCAAAACUAUUCAUCCGCCUCCUCCGCGCGCACCAGUCACGCCUGCUCGUGCUGACACCAACAAUUACGCAUUCACUUUCGCCGCCGUUCCAUGCGCCGGAGGCAGUAGCGGUAGCAGCUUUGGACUCGUUCACUGACUCCUUGAGGAGAGAGCUCAAGCCACUGCACGUCGACGUCGCACAAAUAAAACUUGGCACCUUCGACACAUCGACCGUGACCGGACGGCAACACCUACAGGCGGCGAAUGGUGCGCGCGCAGACUUAAUUUCAUGGCCCACGGGUGUUCGCGGUGCCUACGGCCGGUCAUAUGCAGCGCAAGGGGGGAAGCGACCCGUCAAGGGGAGUACUCUGCGGGAGCUACACCAUGCCGUGUUCGACGCUCUGACAAUAAAGGGAAGGCCCCAGAAACUGGUGCGUGUUGGCAGCGGCAGCGUGGUCUACGACCUCAUCGGAAGGUUUGCGCCGGAUGGAGUGAUCGAGUGGAUGCUGAACGGGGGAAGAGGAUCAAUUCCAGCCGAUGAGCUGUUGGCGCGAGGCUCGGCGGGCAGCGAGGGAAGCGGGAGUGAAGGGAGCGUGGAGUGGGAGAAGGUGGAUAUGAAUUCUUCGGCGUGAUCAUUGCCAUUGGCAUUGGCAUAUGUGGGGGUAUUUGUGUGCGUUUGGUGGGGUAUUCAAUAUCGGUCCUCGUUGGCUCUCAUCUCUUCAGUACUUUUAUUUUUCGAACCAGGCAACAGUAUUGUACGUAUUGACGUUUAAUGAGGAUUCUCCACUUUGCAUGAGCUUCGUA